AUGGACACUGAUAAGCUUGCGCACUUCGACAACUGGCAGCGGGAAGGACAUGAUGAUGACUGUGAGGCGGAAGACCAGUGGCCAGUAGAGCUUCGUCGUGCGCGGUUAAUCCCAGCAGUGGACUAUAUACAGGCGCAGCGAGCACGGGGCAAGUUGAUCAGAGAAAUCAAAGAUAGUUUCACAGUUGAUGCAUUUGUUGGCAAUGUGACCGACUGGGAGCACGUCUGUCUUGGGAACCUUGUUGGUAUGCCUGUGGUGGUGGUGCCGACGGGCUUGAAGAGCAUUGAGGACCCACCGAAAGGCUGUACAAAGAGAAGAACCACAGUGACGACAGGCAUAUACGCUCCUCCUGACCACGACCACAUUAUGUCAGCAUCAGUAGGGCAACCUGUCAGUGCCUCAGUGAGACCGAAGAAACCUGCCGGUGCAGCGAUGUGGCAACCAUGGCUACCUGUUGUAUUGACUCCCAUUUCCUCGCAGGCUCUGGCGCUGGCAAUGGCAUACCAGUCCGUCACUAAUCACAACAAACAGCGGCCGCCGAUCGAUGAUCUGGGACCAAAUGACGGCAUACACAAGUAG